AUGGAAGCAAAAUCUGCAGAUUCUUCAUUGCCCAACAGCACAGGCAAUGCAGCAGGCGACACAUCUACAGACGUCUCGUCACUUUGGAGACUCGUCCCUGUGACAGUUGCGUUGUGCACGACACUCUUUUGUGUUUCCUUGGACUCCACGAUUCUCGCGACAGCCAUCCCUAAGAUCACCACAUACUUCGAUUCGCUCGACGAUGUCGCCUGGUACGGCAGCUCCUAUCUAUUUACAACAUGCGCGAUGCAGCUGGUCUUUGGAAAACUAUACACAUUCUACCCCUCCAAAUGGGUUUUCUUGGUGGCGCUCCUGAUUUUUGAGAUUGGGUCUCUUAUCUGCGGCGUUGCACCUACCUCCGAUGCUCUGAUCGUCGGAAGGGCCAUUUCAGGACUGGGGGCGGCAGGCCUGUUCUCUGGGUGUUUGAUCAUUGUGGCAACGGCAGUCCCACUGCCAGUUCGUCCCAUCUAUAUGGGAUUAAUAUCCAGCAUGCACGCAGUUGCUAGUGUUGCAGGACCACUAAUGGGAGGCGCGUUUACAGAUCACUUAUCUUGGAGAUGGUGUUUCUACAUCAACCUUCCAUUUGGUGGGCUUGCCAUCCUCUGCAUAUUCUUUUGCCUUCCAUCGAAUGCAGGUUCCGUCAAAAGUCUUGGCUGGAAAGCACAAUUGAAACAAUUCGAUCUACCUGGCACAGUAUUCUUGAUUCCAUCAAUUAUAUGCCUUAUAUUUGCCUUGCAAUGGGGUGGGUCAUCGUACCCAUGGGACAGCGCCCGGAUCAUUGCUUUGUUUGUGGUUUCCGGUGUGACAUUCAUUGUAUUCCUCGGAAUCCAAGCGUGGCAGAAAGAUCGAGCAACAAUUCCUCUUCGCUUGAUGAAGAAUCGAAACGUAUGGGGAGCUGCCUGGUAUGGGGCUUGCAUCUCCUCGGCGAUCUUUGUUUUCACGUACUACCUCCCGAUAUGGUUCCAAGCUAUCAAAAACAAAUCGGCUACUGACUCUGGAAUUGCAAAUCUUCCAAGCCUUAUCAGUAUUGUCAUAUUCGCCAUGAUCGGCGGUGUCCUCGCUUCAUAUAUCGGAUACUACACUCCGCUGUUAAUAGCUUCAUCUGUACUCACAGCUAUCGGAGCUGGCCUUCUAACUACACUGAAAGUUAACUCUACGAUAGGCUACUGGUUUGGCUAUCAAGUGCUGUUGAGUGCUGGCGUAGGUGUUGGUGCUCAGAAUGCCCUACUCGUCGCUUCUGUCGCUGUUGCUCCCAUCGACAUGGCUAUGACGACUUCCAUUCUAACGUUUGUCCAAACUUUGUCCAGUGCAAUACUCCUUCCAGUGGGACAGAGUGUGUUUCAGAACCAGCUGUCAGCCAACCUGAUUUCCAGUUUACCCGGAGUCGAUAUCUCUCAGAUCAUGCACAGUGGUGCAACUGGGUUUCGAGAGCACCUGAGACCUGGUGAAUUGCCCUUGGCGUUGGAAGCAUACAACAAGGCUCUUUGUCAAACGUUCUACGUUGGUGUUGCAGCGGCUGCACUUUCGAUCUUCGGGCCCAUUUUCAUGGAUUGGCUUUCGCUCAAAUCUGGAGUCAAAGCAAAGAUGGAAGAUGAUGAAAGUUCUGUUGAGAGUGUCGGGGAUACUGCAGAUGGAAAGCCAGACAGUAAGGCUAACUAA